AUGGCGGAGGUCGGCGGGGGGGCCUCUUUGGUCUGGUGUGGGAGUGUGUGGCGUGCCCAGCGUGCCGAUGUGCCUGUGGAGUAUGUGCUGAGGGUGGGCGGGUUUGAGCUGGAGAAGGUGGAGGACCAGGUGAUGGCUGAGGAGAAGCACCACCACCACCACCAUGAGCACGAGCACGAGCACGGGCACGACCACGACUGCGCCGGCGCCGGCUGCAGCCAUGAGAGCCACUCCCACAGCCACGAGGCCCACUCCCACGACCACGACCACUCCCACGAGCACGCCGGCGCCAGCGCCGCCGCCAGCAGCAGCGGCAGCGACCACGAGUGCGCGGGGGCGGGGUGCAGCCACGAGAGCCACUCCCAUGGCGGCCACAGCCACAAGCACCACGACGAUGCGGUGGGCAGCGUGAGCGUGACGAUCGUGGGGGACAUGGAUCUGGACAAG